UGUGAUGAGUAUACAUGUGCCAGCGUUUAUAAUAAUUGUAAAUUUAUACGCGCUAUUAACAUUUUCUAUGUAAUAUGACGCCAACAAAGUAAGAUUAGUGUAUUAAAACGUACCGUUAUCAUGUUCUUUUAGUGUUCUGAGUGAAUUGUGAAGUUUUAUAGUGAAAAAAAUGAAACGAUCCAAGAAGACUGAUAAAAUUACCAAGUUCAAACAUAAAUUGAUAAAGAAAGGAAAAAUAAAUGAGCACCGUUCCGCGGGCGGCAGCUGGGAGGAGCCGGUGAGCGCGGUGCGUAACACACCUCUGCGACGCUCGCAACGGCUCAACUCCACACUGGAUUCCAGGAGUACUGGCCAGUUGCGGAACACGCUGAGCCGCGCGCGGGAGCUUUGCGAGCGGUGGCGCAACGGGCGGGAGACGCCGUCGCCGCCCGCCGCGCCCGACGACGACGGCGGCGGACGGCUGGCGCGCUGGUUCAGCGUACGCCGCGGCUCCGCGCACCACUACGAUAUGCACACGCACGAUACGGACAAGAUGCCCAAACUUCCAGAGUUGGAGGAGGACAUGUUCUCGUGCGGGGGCGAGGUGCGGGGCGGGCGAGUGCCGCCCCCCUCACUCGGCCCUCCCCCAGAUGCCCUUACCGCGGUGCAGCUAAGGCGGAGGCACGUCGUCGCCGCGAUAAUACACAGUGAAAAUUCAUACGUCGCCACCCUACAGAGGCUUGUGAAUGACUACAAGAAACCGUUAGAGGAGAGCAGUCCAGCGAUACUGAACGCCAGCAAGAUCCAGACGCUUUUCCACCGGCUGCCUGACAUCCUGCAAUGUCACCUGCACUUCCGCACCGCGCUCGCCGACUGCGCCGCUACGUGGGACCGCGAUGAAAAAAUUGGCGAGGUCUUCCUUAACGCAUUCUCAAAGGCGGUGGUGCUAGAUGUGUACUCUGACUUCAUCAACAACUUCUCCGUGGCCAUGGAGUUGGCGAAGAUGGAAUCGAAACGCAAAUCCGCGUUGGCUGACUUCUUCAAAGUGAAACAGAUCAGUGCCCACGAUCGGCUCUCCUUCUUCGGACUGAUGGUGAAACCGGUGCAACGGUUUCCUCAAUUCAUAAUGUUCUUGCAGGACCUGUUAAAGCACACGCCGCCCGGUCAUGCCGACAGAGUGGCGCUGCAAAGGGCCCUGACUCGACUAGAGGCCCUCGCUGAGGCCUUGAACGAGAGGAAAAGGGACGCAGAAAGGACCCAGGCUUUCCGCGCGGCAUUGCGGCGGCUGACACGCGGGGGUGUGGCGGGUGCGGGCGGUGCGGGAGGCACUGCGCGCUUCGGCGCCGCUCGUCUGCUCGCCUCGCGCGCUGACCGCAGACAUCUGCUGCGACAAGACGACCUGCUGCAACUUGAGUUCAAUCAAUCUGGUGCAUUAACGAAGUGCAAGCCGCGCCGGCUGCUGCUGCUGAACGAUUUGGUGGUAUGUGUGUCUGUGGGCGCAGGCGGAGAUGCGGAGCGCCUAGGCCUCAAGUGGGCACACCCUGUACAUGACGUUGACGUCCUCGACACCGGCACCUCGCCAACACUCAGCAGAGUGCUCGCACAGGGUAUGAACCGCAGCGGCAGCUUGCGUUCGAACUCUAGCAAUGGUGUUGGCAACACGUCGACAUCGACCGGCGACUCCUUGUGUAACGAGAUGUCUGCGCUGAUGCACGACUACGAGGCGGUGUCGCGUAUGGCAGACCUCGCAGCAUCACUACACGCACCCUACCCGGAGCUAGCACCCGACAUGUUCCGCACACUGCUGCAGAAUAUACAGAAGAGUAUACAGAAAAAAGAUGACGAGAUGGCGUGGGUGGACUCGUGCUGUUUACAACUGACGAUCCGUGGGCGCGAGGAGCCGCUGACGUUCCGUGCGCGUGAGCCGGGCGCGCGGCUCGCCUGGGCCACCGAGCUGCGUCUGGCUCAGCUGGCGCAGGCCGCAGCCAACUCGCCCGCCUGGCGUCUGCCGCAUCCCGUACCUCACCACAGUGUGCCCCUCUACGUCGCCGCCACACCAGUCUACUCCUCUAAACAACUCACUGAGGUGAGAUGCGGUUGUUUCUACGUGAGCGGCGGUGGUGGUGUGGGCGGGGGUGGGGGCGGGGGCGGCACACGCGCGGGGGGCGGGGCGGCGUCGCGACGCGCGCGCUCUCUGCUGUGGGUGUGUGCGGGCGGCGCUCAGCACAGCCACGUGGCCGUACUGGCGCAGCGCGCCGCCAGCCUCAAGACCCUCGCCACGCUGCACCUGCCCGACACACAGGUUACUUCAAUGGAGUACGCUAAAGGCGUACGACAAGUGACAACGCUGUGCGGCGACACGGUGUGGCUCGGCACCGAGGACAAGAAGAUCAUCAUCUUCUCCGGCGUCGAGCCCGAGAAGCAGGAGAAGCUGACGGAGGUGCAGACUGUGGCCGGCGUGACGCAGGUGCGGUACCACUGCGACGCCAUGUUCGUCGGCCUCGCCAACGGCCGCCUCACCGUCUACCGGCGCAGCGCAGACGACACCUGGGCCCUGCACGAGCCGCUCGCCAUCGAGCUCGGCGACCAACCCGUCCAUUGCGUCCUGCCCGUCGACGGCAUCGUCUACGCCACCUGCGCCAGACGCGUCUUCGCCAUUAAUGCGCUCACCGCCGAGAUAAUGCGCAUCCUCGAACUGAAAGGAGAAGGCGACAGAUCUGUCAAGUACUUGGCCCACUCCGGUGUCGGUCUGUGGACGGCCUUCUCCGAUUCCACAUACGUCAGCCUCUAUCACGCCGAGACGUUCGAGCACCUGCAGAAUAUUGACAUCGCCGCCGACGUGGCGAAGACUAUCGGAGCUCGGGAGGGCAGCAAGCCGGCCUAUGUGUCCGCUCUGCUCGCCAGCCAGGGCUUGCUGUGGGUGGGCACGACGGCCGGCGUCAGCGUCACCGUGCCCCUGCCCAAACUGGAGGGCCUACCUCUGAUAGGCGGGCACAUCGCGGUGUCGUAUCACGCGCACGCCGGGCCCGUCACCUUCCUCCUCUCCCUGCUGCCCGAAAACAGGGAGGUGGACGUUAACGUGGUCCGCCGCAACCUUUCCAAUGCUCGAGCGUUAGCGGACACAACGUUACAGGAGUUCAAGGAGGAGGAAGCUAAGGAUUCGGACAAACCAAAAUUAGAAAGAAGGAUAUCCGAGGAAUCCAGCCCGUACCGGCCCCAGCGCGUGCAGUCCGCAGUCGUACGCCGCAAGAAGCCGGGAGACGUGCGCCUCAGCAAAACGCUGCCGAAGUGCGCCAACCUAAACGCGUGCGACGUGUACGGUCUCUUCGGGGACCUGAUGUUUGUGAAAGACUGCGUGGGCGACGCCGACGUGAACGGGUCGGGCGGCGAGGCGCUGCGGAGGAGCGACCCGGAGCUGGCGGCGAUACCGUUCCGAGUGAGCACGCUGGACCGGCGACUGCGCAUGCGCGCCGGUCGCCCCCGGAGUCUGGACCUGUCCAGCUGGUCGGUGGACUCGAGGGCCUCCAGUCUGUGCACGUCGUCCGGCAGCGAGGAGUCGAUGGCGUUGCGCGGAGUUUCGAGAACUAGUUCGGGAGCUUCGGGCGCGGCGAACCUGGCGCCCCUCGCGGCCUCCACGCCGGACUCGUCCUCGAGCAAAUCCUCCACCUCGGAGCGCUCCAUCUCUAGGAGCGAUUCGACCAAUGCGGUGGAGGUGAGGACGAACGGCAAGCGCGAGGGGAGCGGCGAGAGGAGCGGAGGGCGAAGCUUGCGGGGCGCGGACUACAUGAUGGGGUGCGGCGCGCGGAGGUCCGUGGUGACGGUGGCGGGAGGGCGCGGGUACGUGGACUGGAGGCAGACGGCCGACGCCGCCGAGCGCCCCGCGCCCGCCGCAGACCCCAACCCCAAAGACGCACAUCUCAUACUGUGGGAGAUGCGAUUGUGACCUCAUUCACAAAAAAUCUCCGAUAUAUUUUACAAUAAUAGCUUUCUAUCUGCAAUUGAUGCGAAUAGUGUGUCAUAUGUUGUAAAUAAAAUGUAUGAUAUUGUAUAAAUUCCAACUUCGUUAUUUUAGCGUAAGAAUUGAUUUAUGUUAUUGUGCUAAUCGAUUAUAAUUAAUUGUCCCCGGCCGCCUUGCAUACGAUGAAGAGUUUUUUUUUUAAUGUAAAAUUUAAAUUUACACUCAGUGUAAGUAAUGUGAUAAGCUUUAAAUUAUUGAUGUUGUGCUUCAUUAGACAGACGGCCUUACAAACGCUAUUAUUAUACAUAUUUAUAGACACAAGUGCAUUAUUUUUGUGGUUAAUUAUAUUGAAAUGUUAUUAAAUAGUUAUCGAAGUCAAAAUUAUGUUAGCUUCGGAAUUGACAAAAUUAUAUGCAAAAAAAUAGCAAUGCAAUAAAAGUAUAGAAUCCAAUACAAAAAUUAAUAGUAAAAUUUCGUCCAUACAUUAAUUCUGUAGUAUGUUAUAUCCAUUACUGACU